ACAAUGGGUUCGAUAGGCACAUCUCCGGUUCCCGAAAACGGCUCUGAUACCCCCAACGGCGCCACCGUCACAUACGACGGCGACACCAAGCCUCACACCGGCGAUGGAUAUCCUCCCUCCGCCGCCGUGACGACGCCGGAAUCGGAAGCGUCGAAGAAGCGGAGGAUGUCCCUGCUUCCUUUGGAGGUCGGCACGAGCGUCCUGUGUCGUUGGAGGGACAACAAGUACCAUGGAGUCAAGGUCAUCGAGCGCCGGAGGGUUCACGGCGGCGGACCCAACGAUUACGAGUAUUACGUUCACUAUACCGAGUUCAAUAGGAGGCUUGAUGAGUGGGUGAAACUUGAUCAACUUGACCUUGAUUCAGUAGAGGCUGUUGUUGAUGAGAAAGUGGAGGACAAGGUCACAAGCUUGAAAAUGACUCGCCAUCAGAAGCGUAAGAUUGAUGAGACCCAUGUGGAGGGGCAUGAGGAACUUGAUGCUGCUAGCUUACGUGAACAUGAAGAAUUUACUAAAGUGAAAAAUAUAGCGACUAUAGAACUUGGAAGAUAUGAGAUUGAGACAUGGUACUUCUCGCCGUUUCCACCAGAAUAUAAUGACUCGGGGAAGCUGUACUUCUGUGAGUUUUGUCUCAAUUUCAUGAAGCGUAAAGAACAGCUUCAGAGGCAUAUGAGGAAGUGUGAUCUUAAGCAUCCUCCUGGUGAUGAGAUAUACCGGAAUCAUACGCUUUCUAUGUUUGAGGUUGAUGGUAAAAAGAACAAGGUUUAUGGACAGAACCUUUGUUAUUUAGCAAAGCUGUUUCUUGAUCACAAGACCCUGUACUAUGAUGUUGACCUCUUUCUAUUUUACAUUCUAUGUGAAUGUGAUGAUCGGGGAUGCCAUAUGGUUGGAUAUUUUUCAAAGGAAAAACAUUCGGAGGAGUCCUAUAACUUGGCAUGUAUCCUUACCCUUCCUCCUUAUCAAAGAAAAGGCUAUGGAAAAUUUCUAAUUGCCUUUUCAUAUGAACUAUCAAAGAAAGAAGGUAAAGUUGGUACGCCCGAAAGACCCCUCUCUGACCUAGGACUAUUAAGCUACAGAGGAUACUGGACCCGGGUGCUUCUAGAUAUCUUGAAGAAGCAUAAGGGAAAUAUUUCCAUCAAGGAGCUCAGUGACAUGACUGCCAUCAAGGCAGAGGAUAUUUUGACCACUCUUCAGAGUCUAGAAUUAAUUCAGUACAGGAAAGGGCAGCAUGUCAUCUGUGCUGAUCCAAAGGUCUUGGACCGUCACUUAAAAGCAGCUGGUCCUGCUGGUCUGGAGGUUGAUGUUGGCAAAUUGAUCUGGACGCCGUAUAAAGAGCAAGGCUGAUGAUUUGAUAAACGUGUUUCAUCAAUCCUUUAGUCUGCUGCACCUUGUAUAUAUACCUAGGGAAUGAAAACAGGAGUUGGACUUGAAUUCUAGAUUAUCCUAGUCAUGAAUUCUUGACACUAUUUGCUCUUUUUAAUGUAACAAUUUUAUCGUGUAUUUGACCAAACGGUCUAAGAGAGUAGUAACUGAGUCUUACUUUUCUGUUUGC